AUGCCUCCUUCCAAGACAAUAGAUGCACUAUCAAGUGCUAUGGUUGCUCGGUUCCUUCGCAGCAAUGACUAUUCCGAGACACUCAAGGCUUUUCUCCGCGAGGCUGAUCUUGCUCCCGACGUGGGGCAGACCUCGGGCGACGACACCAACAAUUGGACCAUCCAAAGCUUGCUCGAGGAAAAGCACACCUAUGACCAAACGGUGGAUUUUGAAAGAUAUGGGAAGGGUCCUCAACAGUCGGACUUAUGGAGCGAGCCAGCACCAUCAAAACCUGCUCUCGUCCAGACACCGACAUCAUCGAAUAUCCUUUCUGCGUCGGUAGAGCAAUGGCAGAAACCCUGCGAAGAUGUCGAUGAAGCUGCAACAGCGCAGUUUUAUAUCGUCUCCACAAGUGCAGACAAACAGGUCCAUUUACUCGAAACAGAAGAGGGCAAUGCAUCGAUCAAAUCAUUCUCGGGUCUCUCUGCUACGCCCGUUCUGUCAUUUGUCUCAAUCCUCCAGGGCCGGUACAUCCUCAUGAGCAACAUGGCCGGCCAGCUGAUCCUCCAGCAUGGAUCUCAAACGCUCGACAGCAGAAAGGAUCACGCAAAGUACUCGGUGAAGGUAGUAGCCUACGAAGACAAGACAGAUCCUUCCAAAUGGUGGGUUGCCACCGCCGGAUGGGACCAGUCCGUCAAUUUGUAUUGCCUCAAUAUCCCCGACGAAGCAAACGCCCCAUCUCUCAAGAUCGGUGAACCCGUGGCACUCAUUAAACUCGAUUCAAACCCGGAAUCACUGCUGUUCGUCCCACACGUGGACACCAACGAGCUGCUCCUUCUCGUCUCGCGCAGAGACUCGACUUAUAUCUACUACUACAAGGUAGAAAAAGUAUCGGAAGCUCGCCUCCUUGGACACCAGAACCUGGCUCCCCAUUCCAAUGCCUGGAUUGCAUUCUCGCUGUGCGAUAUGGCGCUCAGCCCGCAUGACCCGGGUCUCCUGGCCGUAGCGACGUCGUCAUUGCCCCAUAUGAAAGUGAUCAUAGUGCGCCUGUUAUUCCCCAGGAUGGAAGUAACACCCGCUUCAGAGGAUCCAGUGACACAGGCGUCUCAAGCAAUGGAAACACUGGAAUUACAGAACCGUGAGGAUGCUGCUAUCCUUGUGCAGGCAAACACUUUUGCGCCGCAGACCGAUUACUCCACACCCCAGUUAGCAUGGCGGCCUAAUGGGUCUGGAAUUUGGGUUAAUGGAGAUGAUGGUGUAGUUCGUGGUAUCGAGACAAAGACAGGGAAGGUCAUUGCUACUUUGAAGGGUGGCCAUGAAGCGGGCUUUAAGGUGAGGACUGUUUGGUCGGGGUAUGUCGAUGUACCCCAGAAAGAGGGUGACCCGGUCCGAGAAGAAUGGGUUCUUAGUGGUGGAUUUGAUAAAAAGUUGAUUUUGUGGAAGGUAUGA